AUGGUCCAUCUCGCCUCCGCCCUCCUGGUCGCCAGCGCGGCCUUCACCCUCGCCGCGCCCGCCCACAGCGGCGACAGCAUCUUCACCCGCCAGGACACCUGCUCGGUAUCCGACACCUACCCCGAAAUCAACGACGCCAAGCUCCCCUCCCCCUUCACCACCUCCUCCGGCACAGCCAUCACCACCAAAGCCGACUUCGACUGCCGCAAAGCCGAAAUCUCCAAAAUCAUGCAACAAUACGAACUCGGCACCUACCCCGGCCCGCCCGACUCCCUCGACGCCACCCUCAGCGGCACGGGAAUCAGCGUAACCGUCACCGUGGGAGGCAAAUCCACGACUUUUUCGGCGUCGAUCAAGAAACCUUCUGGUACCGGUCCGUUUCCCGCGAUCAUUGGUAUCGGUGGUGCAUCGAUCCCGAUUCCGAGUAAUGUGGCUACUAUUACUUUUAAUAAUGACGAGUUUGGCCAGCAGCAGGGCAGUGGCUCCCGCGGAAAGGGGAAGUUUUACGAUCUUUUUGGUGCUAGCCACUCCGCGGGGUCCCUCACGGCCUGGGCGUGGGGGGUUGAUCGGCUGAUUGAUGGGCUGGAGAAAGUCACAGCCGAGAAAUCGGGUAUCGACACCACCAAGCUGGGUGUCACGGGUUGCUCGCGCAACGGCAAGGGCGCGUUUAUCGUCGGUGCGCUGGUGGAGCGCAUCGCGUUGACAAUCCCCCAGGAGUCCGGGUCAGGCGGCGCGGCGUCGUGGCGGAUCAGCGAGUCGCAGCAUGCAGCGGGGGCGAAUAUCCAGACGGCGGCGGAGUUGGUCGGGGAGAACCCGUGGUUUUCGAAGAACUUGGAUCCGUAUGUGAAUACGUUGGCGAAGCAGCCGAGUGAUCACCAUUUCCUGGCGGCGAUGAUUGUGCCGCGGGGGCUGAUUGCGUUGGAGAAUGAUAUUGACUGGUUGGGGCCGGUGUCGACGACGGGGGCGAUGCGCGCGGGGAGGGCGAUUUAUAAGGCGUAUGGGGUGCCGAAUAACAUGGGGUUUUCGCUGGUGGGGGGCCAUAAUCAUUGUCAGUUUCCCAGCAGUCAGACGCAGGAUCUGAAUGCGUUUAUUAACCACUUUUUGUUGGGUGGUGAUGCGCCGCCGGAGGUGGAUGUUAGCAGUGCUACGGUGGAUGUGGCGAGCUGGGCGCCGUGGGCUGCUGGUGCUCCGGUUUUGUCGUAG